AUGGAGGAUUUAAAAGCCCCCGUCAGAUUUUUUCACAAAUCUUCAUUCAGCAUCAGUAGCCUCUUAUUCCGGCGAGAGGGGGUGAUGAACGAGGACGGCGCCGCACUGGAAGAGAACCUCUCCCGGAACAAUAAGCCCCUGGCCCGAAAGCAGUGUUUUGGAGAGCCAUCUAAAACUAAAGAUAUCGGCGGUCGAGAUGAAAAAUGUAGCCUCCAUGGGGACAAACGCGGUGACACCAAAGUAAAAAAUGUGUCAAGAGAAAACGGAGAGCAAGUUGCGGGAGAAAGGAAGUUAAAUGGAGGGGUAGAAGGGAAAUCUAAACCCGAGAAACCUCCGUUUAGCUAUAACGCACUUAUCAUGAUGGCUAUCCGCCAAAGCCCGGAGAGAAGGCUUACACUCAACGGAAUUUAUGAGUUCAUUAUGGGAAACUUUCCCUACUAUCAAGACAACAGACAAGGCUGGCAAAAUUCAAUCCGACACAACCUGAGCCUAAAUAAGUGUUUCGUGAAAGUACCACGCCACUAUGAUGACCCAGGCAAAGGCAACUACUGGAUGCUUGACCCCUCAAGUGACGAUGUGUUCAUUGGUGGCACUACUGGCAAACUCCGGCGGCGUGCAACAGUGAGUUCCAGAACGAAGCUUGCUAUUAAAAGAGGUGCCCGUUUAACGUCCACCGCCGCAGCCGGUCUUACAUUUGCAGGGUCAUUUUACUGGCCUGUGCCAUCUUUUUUAGCUCUACAACCACCCGCACACCCGCACCCGGGCGGAGGGCCAUACGUAGGGCCUCAUCAUUCCAAUUAUGCCACUUCUGUUCUCUCACAACGGUCACAUCACAUGACUGCCAGUUCUGGAGCCGACCGGCUGUUCCAAACAAACCAGGAGACGUCUUAUUUUGGAGUGAGUUGUGCACAAUCCCAUCGCCGUCAAAUGAGCGCAGCGGCAGCUACAACGUUUACAUCCUCGUCGCUACCUUGCGCUUUGUCUCUCCCUAAUCCAUGCUCCCUCAACAUGCUCUCUGGACAAGCCAGUUACUUUUACGCGCACCAGAUGCCUCGUUCAGCGACCUUCGGUAUGUGCCAAGAAGACCCCUCCGUCUCCAAGACAUCUCAAGUUGGACACUUGUUAUCAAAUAAUCCACCGUCGGAAUAUUUAGGAAGUGUAUAUGCAGAGUUCCCUAAUUAUUUUCCUUCAAGUAGCCCCACGACCUCCAUUUCGUGGGAUGCAGGGAAAUGAUGAAUUUAACUUAAUACAUAGAUGAAUGUGUAUGCGUAAUUGUCUCUUUUAGCCCAAUCCUUGUACAUUUGUCAUGGCCUAUCUUAUCUAUUUGUCAUAGAUAAUGAAACUGCAUAGACAAUAGUUUAGAAUUGUGACUUUAAUGGUUGGGCAUAAAACGAAUCAGAAAGAACAUAUUUGUAGGACAUUGCAGCUUGCAGUGUGAGAAUAGCUUUUAAUGUAGGCUAUAUGCUAUUGAAAUUACCCACUAUUUAUUUUGCGCAUGAGGAUGUCGAAAUGUAGCCUAGCUAUAUUUCGGUUUAAAACUCAUACUGUGCCGUGUUAGUGUAAAAAAAAUCAUUCGAAUUAUGAUUUUAAGGUUUUAUUAUAGCCAAUUCCAUAGGACCGACCCCAAAUGUGACAAUCCGUAAAU